UAAGUUCCUUUGUAACUUUCCUGCGUACUUGUGGAGCAAAUUAAGUACACUAUCGUGUUACUAUAAAAUGAAGUUCGGGAAAGAAUUUGCUGCUCAAAUGGUGCCUGAAUGGCAGGAAGCUUACGUGGAUUACAGUUCGUUGAAGACGUGUUUGAAAGAAAUCCAUCGUCGGAAACAACAGAAUCGGGAGCCGGAUACCCAAGCUCGGCUUCAACGAGCCUUGACGCUUUAUAGAAGCUUCAGCGGUUUGAAUCGCACACAAAACAGACGUGCGAGUUCUUUCGACGAUCACGAUGUUGAAAGCCAAACGAUUCUCGUGAAUUCUGUGCGAGGAAAUGGCUCGGGGAAGUACGAGACCACUUUUCUCAUGGUUACAGAAGAAGGAGCUGAAUACGAGCAAGAGUUCUUUAAAAAGCUCGAUAAUGAGUUGAAUAAAGUUGACGAGUUUUAUAGAUCUAAGGUGAAGGAAGUAAUGGUUGAAGCCGAUGCACUCACUGAUCAAAUGCAUGCUUUAAUUGCUUUUCGGAUAAAAGCUGAUAAAUUAGAGGAGGGGUUUGUUUCUGGUUCUAGUGACCAAAUCAUGAUUCACAUGAACGAGUUACAGGGAACGACUGAUGUUAAACAAUCCAACAAUGGCUGCCAAGAGAUCCAAGAAGAUGACCCCAAGAAAUUUCCCAGUAUUAGACUUGCUCCACAAGAGGUGUUGAAUCAUGUGAAGUUGAAUCCAGCUACUUCAACACCUGCUAAAAUGAAUUUCAACAGGAAGAAUCUAAAGAAAAUCGAAAACCAAUUGAAACGUGCCUUUAUUGAAUUUUAUUACAAGCUUCGGCUUCUCAAGAACUACAGCUUCUUAAAUGUGCUAGCAUUCUCUAAAAUCUUGAAGAAAUAUGAUAAGAUGGCACUGAGAAGAGCAUCAAAGUAUUAUAUGAGGACACUGGAUGAUUCUUAUCUUGGUAACUCCGACGAGGUAACAAAGCUAAUGGAGAGGGUUGAAGCCACAUUCAUCAAACAUUUCUCGAAUUCAAACCGGAGUAAAGGCAUGAACAAGUUGAGACCAAAAAAGAAGAAAGAAAGGCAUAGGAUAUCAUUCGGCACAGGCUUCUUCGCUGGCUGCACAGCGGCCCUCGUACUGGCUCUGGUAUUGAUUAUACAUGCUCGCAAUAUCCUCGAUAAGGAAGGAAGAGCUCAGUACAUGGAAAGCAUGUUCCCACUAUAUAGUUUGUUUGGUUUCAUGGUUCUGCAUAUGCUUAUGCAUGCUGGGAAUAUAUACUUUUGGAGGAAAUACAGAGUUAAUUACUCCUUCAUAUUUGGCUUCAAGCAAGGAACAGAGCUAGGAUUUCGGGAAGUUCUUCUCUUGAGUUUCGGUCUCGGAACGCUAGCACUCAUUAGCGUGGUCUCCAACUUGGACAUGGAAAUGGAUCCUAAAACCAGAGAUUAUAAAGCAUUGACUGAACUACUCCCUUUAAGCUUGCUUAUGCUUGUGGUAAUUGUAUUACUCUGUCCUUUCAACAUCCUUUAUCGCUCAAGUCGCUUCUUCUUGCUCACAACUUUGUUUCGUUGUAUCUGUGCUCCUCUCUACGUGGUCCGAUUUCAAGAUUUUUACUUGGCAGAUCAGUUUACUAGUGAGGUGCAAGCAUUCAGAAGCCUGGAAUUUUACAUUUGUCAUUAUGGUUGGGGAGAUUUCAAACUCAGACAAAACACAUGCAGAUCAAAUGACAUAUUCAACACUUUUUACUUCAUUGUAGCUGUAAUCCCCUACUGGUCUCGUCUCCUCCAGUGUGUACGAAGGUUCUACGACGAGAGAGAUUCAAUGCAAGCAUUCAACGGAUUGAAGUACUUUCUGACAAUUAUUGCUGUGUGUACGAGGACUGCUUAUGGCCUGGACAGGGGAACCAGUUGGGAAGCAUUAGCUUGGACGUUCUCAGCCAUGGCAGCUAUCUAUGGUACUUAUUGGGACCUUGUUGUCGACUGGGGGCUUCUUCAAAGGCAGUCCAAGAACCGCUGGUUGAGAGACAAGCUUCUAAUCCCUUACAAAAGUGUAUAUUUUGGAGCAAUGGUUUUGAACGUGUUGCUGAGAUUUGCGUGGUUGCAAACCGUGUUGAAUCUAAAUCUGUCAUUGCACAGAGAAACAUUGACUGCUAUCGUUGCUGGUAUCGAGAUUAUUCGACGUGGCAUAUGGAAUUUCUUCAGGUUGGAGAAUGAACAUUUGAACAAUGUGGGGAAAUUUCGUGCGUUUAAAUCGGUCCCACUGCCUUUCUACAGCGAUGAGGAUGAAGACCGUACGGAUUAGAUUGCUGCAAAUAUCAGGGAGAUGAAGAGUAGAGAAAGCCAAGUUUUAUUUUUGUUCUUCUACUUCUUUUUAUAAAAGAGAUGGUAAUGGAAGAUAGGAAACGAACU